GUUACAUCGAAGCUGCUAUCAUUCCUGCUGGAGCUCGGAGGAUCCGUGUGGUGGAGGAUAAACCUGCUCACAGUUUUCUGGCUCUCAAAGACUCCGGUAAGGGAUCCAUCAACAGUGACUGGAAGAUAGAGCUCCCUGGAGAGUUCCAGAUUGCAGGCACAACUGUCCGCUAUGUGAGAAGGGGCCUAUGGGAGAAGAUUUCUGCCAAGGGACCAACCAAACUACCACUGCAUUUGAUGGUGUUGUUAUUUCACGACCAAAAUUACGGAAUUCACUACGAAUACACCGUUCCUGUGAACUACACUGCCGAAAACCAAAGUGAGCCUGAAAAACCGCAGGACUCUCUGUUCCUCUGGACGCACAGCGGCUGGGAGGGGUGCAGUGUGCAGUGCGGAGGAGGGGAACGCAGAACCAUCGUUUCGUGCACCCGGAUUGUUAACAAGACAACCACUCUGGUGAACGACAGUGACUGCCCUCAGGCAAGCCGCCCAGAGCCCCAGGUCAGAAGGUGCAACUCACACCCCUGCCAGUCACGGUGGGUGGCAGGCCCGUGGAGCCCCUGCUCGGCGACCUGUGAGAAGGGCUUCCAGCACCGGGAGGUGACCUGCGUGUACCAACUACAGAACGGCACCCACGUCGCCACGAGGCCCCUGUACUGCCCGGGCCCCCGGCCAGCGCCAGUGCAGAGCUGCGAAGGCCAAGACUGCCUGUCCAUCUGGGAGGCGUCUGAGUGGUCACAGUGUUCUGCCAACUGUGGUAAAGGGACCCGGAAACGGACCGUGACGUGCACCAACUCCCAAGGGAAAUGCGACGCGUCCACGAGGCCGAGAGCCGAGGAGGCAUGCGAGGACUACUCAGGCUGCUACGAGUGGAAAACGGGGGACUGGUCUAAGUGCUCGUCAACCUGCGGGAAGGGCCUGCAGUCCCGUGUGGUGCAGUGCAUGCACAAGGUCACCGGGCGCCACGGCAGCGAGUGCCCCACCCUGUCCAAGCCAGCAGCCUACAGACAGUGCUACCAGGAGGUCUGCAAUGACAAGAUCAACGCCAACACCAUCACCUCCCCUCGCCUCGCUGCUCUGACCUACAAAUGCACACGGGAUCAGUGGACAGUGUAUUGCCGGGUCAUCCGAGAGAAGAACCUCUGCCAGGACAUGCGGUGGUACCAGCGCUGCUGCCAGACCUGCAGGGACUUCUAUGCAAACAAGAUGCGCCAGCUGCCGUCACCGAGCUCAUGACGCGCAGCCCGGGGGUUGCGCAAUGCUCAGGUCUGAGGCCUGGCGUUUAGCGAGCGGGAAGCCCACCCAGCCAAGAGUGCACCAGCCCUACGGCUCCCCCAC